AGCAUGCUGCCCUUCCUUACAGGCAGACGGUUCAAUUUUUGUCGUUGGCGUUGAAUUCGUGCUUACUUAUUUUUCGGUUUUGUUAAUUGCGCUACGUUUGGUGAAGCACAUAAGAAUGAUUUACAAUAAUUAUUGAGUUGUUGUCUAAGUUAAACAAACAUAUAUACAUUUGUCGAAUACAGGUUGAACAAUGCAGUCACUCAAAACAACCGAUUUGCCGGAGAAUCCUCGAGAACAUGCCAAUUUCAUAUCGGCAAUAUGCUUCUGGUUCACCAUGCCCACGUUCCUCAAGGGGCGCAAAAAAGUGUUGGAAACCAGCGAUCUCUACAAGACGUUAAGGGAACACAAGACAGAAACACUUGGGGAUAAAAUAUCCGUGGCAUGGAAUCGUGAAUUACUGAAACAGCAAAAGAACCCCAAUAAGAAACCCAGUUUGCUGUGUGCCUUGAUUCGGGUAUUUGGCUGGUACUAUGGACUACUGGGCUUGGUGCUGUUUCUCCUGGAGCUGGGAUUGCGCACAAUACAACCGUUGUUUCUGUUGAAGCUGAUUGCGUACUACACGAAUGGCAAGGAAUCGAUCAAUGAUGCAUAUUUCUAUGCAGCUGGUGUGAUUGCUUGCAGUGCUCUCAACGUGUUCAUCAUGCAUCCUUAUAUGCUGGGCACUGUUCACAUGGGCAUGAAGAUGCGUGUCGCCUUGAGCAGCAUGAUUUAUCGCAAGGCUCUUAAGUUGAGCAAAACGGCACUGGGGGAUACGACAGCUGGACACAUUGUGAAUCUCAUAUCUAAUGAUGUAGGUCGCUUGGAUUUGGCAACGAUCUUCGUUCACUAUCUGUGGGUUGGACCGCUGCAGACGCUCUUUAUCACGUACCUGAUGUACCUAAAGAUUGGCAUUGCUGCCAUCUUUGGUGUCGCCUUUAUGCUUGCCUUCAUUCCGCUCCAAGCGUGGCUGGGCAAGAAGAGCUCUGCUCUCCGCAUGCGCACUGCGCUGCGUACGGAUGAACGUGUUAGGAUGAUGAAUGAGAUCAUUGCCGGCAUUCAGGUGAUCAAGAUGUAUGCCUGGGAGGUGCCCUUCGAGCAGCUGGUGGCAUUUGCGCGUAAGAAGGAAAUCAAUGCCAUACGACAUGUUUCCUACAUACGCGGCAUCUUGUUGUCCUUCAUCAUCUUCCUCACGCGUGUCUCCAUCUUUCUCAGCCUGGUGGGCUACGUGCUCCUGGGCACUUUUCUCACACCCGAAGUGGCCUUUGUGAUCACCGCCUACUACAACAUUUUGCGCACCACAAUGACUGUGUUCUUUCCCCAAGGCAUCUCGCAGAUGGCCGAGGCAUUGAUCUCCAUUAAGCGUGUGGAGAAGUAUAUGCUCUAUGAGGAGACUGAUGUGAGUGACAGAUCCGUGGAUAUGUCGACAGUGUCGACACCAGGCACAAAUCAAACCACAGUGCAAUCGAAACUGGAACAGGAGAAGUUGCUGACGCCAACAUCGCUGCAGAACAUCAAUGAAAACGCCAUGUUAUCCGAGGCCAAGGUGUCGAUCAACAAUCUGAUGGCCAAAUGGGAUCCCAACUCACCGGAUUACACACUCAAUGGCGUCAAUUUGCGAGUACAACCGGGCACAUUGCUGGGCAUCGUGGGACGCACAGGUGCCGGCAAAUCGAGUCUCAUUCAGGCCAUACUGGGAGAACUGCGUGUGGAGUCGGGUGAAAUACGUGUUAAUGGCAGCUUCUCUUAUGCCAGCCAGGAGCCUUGGCUAUUCACGGGCACUGUGCGCCAGAAUAUACUCUUUGGCCAGGAGAUGGACAAGCGGCGUUACAAUCUGGUUGUAAAGAACUGUGCGCUCGAGCGUGACUUUGAGCUGCUUCCCUUUGGCGACAAGACAAUUGUGGGAGAACGUGGUGCCUCGUUGUCGGGUGGCCAGAAGGCGCGCAUCAGCUUGGCACGUGCUGUCUAUCGCCAGUCGGCCAUCUAUCUGCUGGAUGAUCCUCUGAGUGCGGUGGAUACUCAUGUGGCUCGCCAUCUGUUUGAGAAAUGCAUGCGUGGAUAUUUGCGGGAUCGCAUUGUCAUUCUGGUAACGCAUCAGCUGCAGUUCUUGCAGCAUGCCGAUCAGAUUGUCAUCAUGGACAAGGGACAAGUGAGUGCGGUGGGCACUUACGACUCGCUGCGAGAAUCUGGCCUGGACUUUGCAACCAUGCUGGCGGAAGAGCACGAUGAGCACAACAGCGAAGGAUCGCGUUCCAGAUCGGGCUCAACUACCGAGCGGAGACGCAACAGUGAACAGUCGCUGGUUUCGCUGGCUGAUUCGACGGUGGAUGAGACAGCUGGCGAGCAGAUGCAUGUACAGGAGUCACAGGAGCAAGGCGACAUUGGCCUGGGACUGUACGCCAAAUACUUUAGAUCUGGCGGCGGUUUCUUUGCCUUCUUCGUCACAAUGGCCUUUUGUGUGUUGACGCAAGUGAUGGCCUCACUGGGUGAUUACUUUCUUGCUUAUUGGGUUGCCAAGAAGGGCAGUGUACGCAACGAGAACAUUGUGCCACAGGGCAACAACACCUUCGUAUUGGAGGCAGAUGCGCCCAUUGUCAAUGACACUUUCACCGUCGCACCGGACACCGCAGACAACUCGCAUGUGCUGGAAUCUCGUCUUUCCAUUUGGUUAAGUGAACUAGGCUGGUCUGUGGAUGCAGAAAUGCUGGAUACAUACAUCUUUACUUUGAUUACGAUCACAACCAUUGCUCUGACUUUAGCACGUUCAUUUCUGUUCUUUAAUCUGGCCAUGAAGGCUUCGACCAAGUUGCACAACUCAAUGUUUCGUGGUAUCUCGCGUGCCGCCAUGUAUUUCUUCAACACGAAUCCCUCGGGACGUAUACUUAAUCGCUUCUCGAAGGAUAUGGGUCAGGUGGAUGAGAUAUUGCCCGCUGUGAUGAUGGACGUCAUACAGAUCUUUCUCUCACUCGGCGGCAUUGUCAUUGUCAUUGCCGUGGUGAAUCCCAUGUUUCUCAUACCCACAAUGUUCCUCGUCAUCAUCUUCUAUCAGCUGCGCACGUUUUACCUGAAAACCUCUCGAAAUGUCAAGCGCCUGGAAGCCAUUACUCGUUCGCCGAUUUACUCGCAUAUGGCAGCCUCUCUCACGGGUCUGUCGACUAUUCGCGCCUUUGGAGCACAGCGAGUGCUUGUGAGUGAAUUUGACAACCAUCAGGAUUUGCACAACUCGGCGUUUUACAUGUUCAUCAGCACGUCGCGUGCCUUUGGCUUCUGGCUGGACUGUUUCUGCAUUCUCUAUAUUGCCAUCGUCACUUUGAGCUGUUUGUUCUUCCCGCCGGCUAAUGGCGGCAUGGUUGGUCUCGUCAUUACCCAGGCUAUGGGUAUGACCGGCAUGGUGCAGUGGGGCAUGCGUCAGUCUGCUGAACUGGAAAACACAAUGACGGCCGUGGAGCGUGUUGUUGAAUACGAGGAUAUCGAGCCAGAGGGUGCUUUGGAGGCACCAGCUGAUAAGAAACCAGCCAAAUCGUGGCCAGAACACGGCAAGAUCACGUUCGAAGAGCUGAGUCUACGUUAUUUCCCCGAUCCCAAAUCCGAAUACGUGCUCAAAUCACUCAAUUUUGUUAUCAAAGCGCGGGAGAAGGUCGGCAUUGUAGGUCGCACGGGUGCGGGCAAAUCUUCGCUGAUUAACGCAUUGUUCCGUCUGUCGUACACCGAUGGCUCCAUUCUGAUCGAUAAGCGCGACACUCAAGAAAUGGGCUUGCAUGAUCUGCGUAGCAAGAUCUCGAUAAUACCUCAGGAACCUGUCCUCUUCUCGGGCACAAUGCGUUACAAUUUGGAUCCAUUCGAUGAGUACAGCGAUCAGAAGUUAUGGUCUUCCUUGGAGGAGGUGAAACUAAAGGAUGUCGUUGCCGACUUGCCCAGUGCUUUGCAAAGCAAGAUAACCGAGGGCGGGACCAACUUCAGUGUGGGUCAACGUCAAUUGGUGUGCCUGGCUCGCGCAAUUCUGCGCGAGAAUCGUGUGCUUGUCAUGGAUGAGGCCACCGCAAAUGUGGAUCCACAAACUGAUGCACUAAUUCAAACAACUAUUAGGAAUAAGUUCAAGGAAUGCACAGUCCUCACAAUAGCACAUCGGCUGCACACUAUUAUGGACUCGGACAAGGUGCUCGUCAUGGAUGCCGGUCGCGUCGUUGAGUUUGGCACACCCUACGAGCUGCUCACCUCUGCCGAGACCAAAGUCUUCCACGACAUGGUCAAGCAAACUGGCAAAGCAACCUAUGAGAAUCUGCUGCAGGUUGCCAAGAAGGCAUUUGAAUCAAACCAACAAACUCGAAAAUUAUCUUCUUAAGGCCAACAAAUUUAGUAUCGUAAUCAGGCUUUAUAUAUUGUUUUAUCAUUUAUUGUAUAUAAUGUCAUCAGUUUCCAAUUUAUCAUUAUAUAUUGUCGUAAUUUUAUGUGUACUUAUUAUGGAACUAUGAGUGUAUGUGCCUAUGCAUUAAUUAUGCCUACUGAUAAUGUUUAUAUAUGUAUCUUUCUAUGUAUUUUAAGUGUGUAAAUGCGGAGAAAUGCAGUGCCUUACAAAAUAAAUAUGUAUAUCCCACUUAUGUAAA